AGAUAAGCCAUGGCAAGAGUAUUGAUCUUGUUCGCUCUUUGUAUCCUUCCGGCUCUCGUGAGCGCCGCUCGCCCUGUCAAGAACCCCUUUGUCGUCGUCGGCAAGGUUUUCUGUGAUACCUGCCGCUGUGGUUUCGAAACCUCUGCUACCACUUACAUUCCUGGUGCAAAAGUUAGGGUGGAAUGCAAGGACAGGGAAACACUUAAGGUGGCGUACCAUGUCGACGCUGUGACUGAUGCUACAGGGACUUACAGGAUCACAGUUGCAGACGAUCAUCAGGAUGAGCUUUGUGAGUCGGUGCUCAUUAGUAGCCCUCAGACCGACUGCACAGCCAAGACACCAGGGCGUGACAAGUCCCGUGUCAUUCUCACCAACAACAAUGGCAUCAGCUCCAACAUCCGUUACGCCAACGCCAUGGGAUUCAUGAAGGAUUCUGCUCUCUCUGGUUGUACCCAACUCCUCAAGCAAUACCAAGAAUAUGACGAGUAGACUACCUUAAGCUUCAACAUACCUUUUUCUCUUAGAAUUCAUUAUGUGUUGCCUCUCUGUUAUGUCCUAUUCAAUCUGGUAUUGUUCCUUCAAAACGCUGUUCAUCAUCUUCUAGUGGACUACCUAUGAUAAAUUAUAAAUGGUUUUCAGUCUUUGGGACUUCCCUAUCGAAUAUAGCUUGUUAAUGUUAGCUGUUGUUAUCGUUCUAUGGAA